AUGGCCAUCGCUCCUGGGUAUCCCGGCUUGGAAGUCACGAUCAACGUUGAUGGUCAGCCGUUGCAUGAGUAUGACGACGACGAUGAGGAUCCGGCACCGAAGGCGACCACAAAGUACAUCGAGGCGCGCUCAGAUAGCAACUUCUCGAUCGUAACUAGAUUCAGUGCCUCUUUUUCGACUCAGUACCAUGUUAGGGGGCGGCUAUCGAUUGACGGAGUCAAGAUGGCCUCAUGGUUCUGGCUACGAGAGGACCUUCUUAGAAAACCGUUCGAGAGGACCUCUAUUCGUUGGCAAGAAGGUGGACAACCGGUCAAGCAAAAGUUCUCUUUUGCUAAGCUGAACAUUGUCGAAGAGGCUCGUGGAUCUGUCCCUGAUGUUGCUGCGCUGAAGCAAAGCCUCAGUACUACAGGGUGUAUCACUUUAUCCUUCCAGCUCAUCAAGAGUUACCGAGAAAUUGAAGAGAAAUCUUUCUCUGCGCAGGUCCAGCUUGCAGCUCUGGAGGAAAUCCCCGAGAAGGCGCUCAAGGGUGACGCGCUAUCGCACCAGAUAGUUCUGUCAAAACCUGAAAAGUGCUCGAGGUACUCAACACCUCGCUACGGAGACUACGAUUACCUAGACAAAGAGCCAUUCGCAACGUUCCACUUCAAAUACCGAUCACUUGCGAGCUUAAGAGCACUUCGGCUUGUUACAGUCAACGACCCUGCCCCUGUUCCUCUGGAAGAAAGGCCCGAAGAAGACCUUACACCUGCCGAGCUGAGAGAGCUGCUACGGCGCGUACGGAGACGAGAAUCAGAAAGCGCUUCUAUCAAGCAAGAACCCGAAGCUACUAUCAGAGUCAAGCGCGAGAGGACCACCAACGACGGUGAUGAGGUGACCUAUGUCGAGACGCGCCAACGCAAACGAUAUCUAUUCGGUCUUGACGGCGCUGAGCCUGAGAUGGUGUCAAAACGCCGAAAGAUCGUCUACACCGAAGUGGGAGCGAACUUCAAACCCUGGGCCAACUCCAAGUCCUCUUGCACCAUGGCUGUUCUUCCCUUCCUGCCCGGUCUUGCCGUCGAGAUCGUCGUCAACGGCGCUUCACUGCCUGAGUACGAUGACAAUAGCGACACUCCCGCUUCGCCGACGAUGGUCACCAAAUAUGUCGAGGCGACCUCUGGGGCUAACUUUACGAUCGAAGUCUUGCUCAUGGAGGAGUUUCCUUUCCCAAAGGGUCAUCUAGAAGCCGAGAUCAGUCUCGAUGGGCGAGUGUUCAUGUGUGAGCUUAUCAGAGAAGAUCAAUUCUUCAACGACCAUUUGAUGGAGGGACGUCACUCUCAAGUUGGUCAAUACGCAAAGACACAGAAGUUCUUCUUCGCAGAGCUGGAAAUUGAUGCUCUCCGCAUCCUGGGUCUUGUCCCACACGAGCCGACCCCUCCGCCUCUGGAAGAGCGACCCGAAGAUGAGCUCACUCCGCAUGAACUACGCCAACUCGUCAAGCAGCUCAAGGAUCGCAACGCAGCUUCGGUCAAGAUCAAGAAAGAAGCCGGUGUCAAGCGCAAGCGAGUCGAUGAAGCUAUCGAGGUGAGCGAUGAAGAGGGGGUAAUGGUUCUUUGGACUGAAAACCGGAAGCGUCACCGUGGUGCGGAUGACAAGUUCAUCGUACUAGACUAG